UGAUGGGUGGGGCUAUAUGAUGACUCAACACAGGUUAGGAGUACACACAACAGGUGUACACAGUUUGCUCAGACCAGAGUGCUCUCAUUUGAACAGCUGCCAGGAUUCACAGGUUUCCAAAGUCUUUGGGAAUUAGCAGCAGAGAAUAAGGUCUAACGAUGGCCAACUUUGGAGGACAUGCCAUUCCUGGCUCUUUUUUCCUAUUGCUUGGUUUUUGGCUAACUGUGAAACACACUCUCCAACACUACUGGAGGACAAGUCAGCCAAAAGGAAGACUCUUUAUGCCCCCUUUUUUAAAAAAAAUGGACUUCUUGGAAGGAGGAUUUCUAAUCUUUGGUUCUUUUGUUGGUAUUAUGAUUGAACAGUUUGUGGUGGAUGGGCCACAUGCCCGUCUGUAUGACAAAGAAAACAAUUCAUGGGUCAAGCUGAUGAACUGGCAGCACGGCACAAUGUAUCUGUUCUUUGGGAUCUGUGGAAUAGCUCUGGUUGCCAGUACUGCAUCCAAACUGGUGCCAGCUGGUGUUGACCGCCUUGCUCUCUCCGUGGCUCUUUUUGUUGAAGGGUUUCUGUUUUAUCACCACCUGCACAAUCGGCCCCCUCUGGAUGCCCACAUCCACUCCCUGCUGCUCGUGGCUGUGUUCAGUGGAUCGGCCAGCACCAUGUUGGAGGUGUUCCUAAGAGACAACAUUAUUUUAGAGCUGUUAAGAGCAUGCCUGUUCAUCCUGCAAGGCUCAUGGUUCUACGAGAUUGGAUUUGUACUUUAUCCAUUAAGUGGACCGGAGUGGGACCUGAAACUGCAUGACAACAUCAUGUUCAUUACUAUGUGCUUCUGCUGGCACAUGGCUGUGGCCAUGCUUUUAGUCACCUGCAUCUCCUCUGUGGUUUGGUUCUCAGUGAAGAGGUUCUCAGGAAGGGGACGGGACAUAGAGAUUGGAAUGCGAAGUACAUCCUCCAAAACAAGCUCCCAGAAAGCUUUGCUUGAAGAGUCGGAUGAAGAGUAAAUGCAUGAUUAUGGUUCUUUUACUUACAUUUGAUUAAUUUUGGUCCAUGAGACCAAGGGCAUUUUUUUUCUAACCUGCCUUGUUUAGUUCGGUUGAGUCAAACCUUGGAUCGUUUACCCCUUUGGUGCGGUUUGUUUGGGCAGGUGUGAACACAUUAAUUGCAUUCGGGUACAGACCAAAACUACUGGAUCGAGACUACCUUGAGGCUGUGGUCCAAUUACAAACCAACUCUGGUACGCUUUGGUACAGUCUGUCUGGGGUGAGAAUGUGAUCUGACCCACUUAUUAAAUACUCAAGUUUGAGUAAAACGGUUCAUGUAGUCAGGUGUGCUUUGCAAUCUGCGAUGCGGCAGAGCAUACAGACGGUAGCAGCUUGCAAUGUUUCUCUCAACGAAAUAUACUGCAGUCAGGCUCAUGUCUCUGUGGUCAAACCAGCCGCUGCUUCAGUUGGAAACAGACACCGGCAGAGCAGACGUAGAAACGCUGUUCACAAAACAAUGUGUGGAAAAUGAUUUAAAUGAAAUGAGCUGGUUUGACCAUGUAGAUGUUAGAAAUAUGCUAUUUUUUUUUUUUCUUCCUUUUCUUCCUCCCGUCCCAGACACAUCUGACCUAUAAACGGAGUGAACAUGAUGGGUUGGUUUGUAGUGAUGCAUUUUGAUUUUGUGUGAAACCAAACCAAGGGGUUAAACACUCUAACAAACUCAACUAAUGCUGACCAGAACUAAUGAAUUAUAGGCGUAAAAACGCCCUAAGUCUGCUGUUUAGUACAAAGUAUUUUGU